AUGAAUUCUAAAUUCUCAGCCAUUGAGCCCGAGCCACUGGGAUCCGCACAGAGAGCCAUCAUAUUUGCAGGCUGCCCUCACCCAAUGGACGAAGCUUCUCACGCCGAGCCUGACCCAAAGCCGCUGACAUGCGUUCAAGCCACGGGCAGUCCCUCGCGUUUGGAUGACGUCCUUGCCACUAGCAGCCACUCGGCAGACGAGUCUGCAGAUGAAGAGUCUACCGCCUCGGGCUCCCUGUUGCAAGACAGUUGUCCACCAGACAGCUUGCGGGCAGAUCACGAUCCUGAAGUGGAUGCGCUGUCAAGUUCUAGCGGUGUUCAGGUUUUCCGUAGCCAGUGGGACGAUGAAGGGGUGUACUUUUACCAGGCUUACAAUGAUGAGAUUGCAGAGUGGGCAGUUCAACACCAGCAGUUUGGUGGCCCUCGAUUCAACCCCACUCGCAUGACUUGGAUCAAGCCAUCUUUCGCUUGGGUCUUGUAUCGGUCUGGCUAUGGGCAUAAGCACAACCAGACACGAAUCCUGAAGGUGAAGCUUUCGCAUGCUUCGGUCGCUGAGCUCCUGCAGCAUUGCCAGUGCAAAACAGGCGGGGGUGGCUCCAAGGGCCGUGUGCAGUGGGAUCCAGAGCGCGAUCUGAUGUCGGGAGAUGGCAAGGCCCCUCGGCAGAUGCUUCGCCGCAGAGCAAUCCAGAUCGGCUUGAAGGGUUCGUUAUCAGAGCUCUAUGUGAAGAGCGUCAUUGGCAUCGAGGAUGUGACUGCGCUUGCCCACCGUGUCCAUGCAGCACACACAGCGGCAGACUCAAAGCUUGCGAUGUCACAGCUGUUGCCGGAUCUCCCGGCCGAGCGUCCGUACGUGCCAUGCUGUCCAGAACCGGUCCUUCAGAGGCUGCGCAUGUUGCCUGGGGGUGGCCCACUCCAUGCCAAACCGAGGGGCAAGAAGCGCUAA